GAAAUGGGGGAAGAGGCAGAGCAAAUGUUCAAAAGGAUUAGCAGAUUGUGGAAAAAAGGAGGAUUUGGACAGAAGGAGCCUGUUGCAUAAAUUCUUAACUACUAAGCUUAUAGGAAAACUCCAAUAUUUAAAAUUUUAAACAAAGCUAUAUAGGUAAAUACCUUUUUAAAAACAAAUGUCAUUUUAUACUUAAAAUGCACAUAAUUUUUAAAAAAACAUAAGGAUACUAUACUUCCUCUCUUUCUCUGUGGUAGCUGCUAACUUUAAAGGAAUACUUUUUGUUAUAAUCUGUUUUAUUUGGGAUGGUGAUAAGGGGUGAUUGCUUGAUUAAAAGGAAAGAAUAAAAAUAAAUUUGAAAGGAACAGUUAUUUUUAUAUGACAUAGCAGUAUACUUAUAUACUUUUUUUUCCCCAGUGGCAAAAAUUUCACGGAGUUUUAGUUUAAAAGUUAAGAUCUAGUGAUAACUUAAGGGUUUAAGGUAGGAAAAUGAGGACAACAUACUGCAAAAUAAUUGCCAUAUUUAAUACUUUUUCAUGUUAGAAAUCGAAUUUACACUGUCUUAUGUAUUUUUAUCUCUCAGAGUUUUGUUUUUGUUUUUUAGAGACAAAGUCUCUCUCUGUUGCCCAGUCUAAGUGAAGUGAUACAGUCAAAGCCCACUGCACCCUCAAACUCCUGUGCUCAAAUGAUCCUGCCACAUCAGGCUCCAGAGUAGCUGGGACCACAGGCACAUGCCACCAUGCAGGGCUAACAUUUUAUAAAGAUAGGUUCUUGCCAUGUUGCUAAGGCUGGUCCCCACCUCCUGGCCUAAAGUGAUCCUCCCAGUUUGGCCUCCCAAAAUGCUGGGAUGACAGGCGUGAGCCACUCUACUUGGCAUGCCUCAUUCUAGUGGUGGUUUCCAGUUUUUGUCAUUUAAAGAAAGAAGCUCUAUUUUUCUUUAGUCAAAAGUAUUCUUGAAUUGUAAAAAUUAGGGUUUUUUUUUCUCUUUAAACAAUUUAAGCAUACUCAUUGAAAAUCCAGACAAGCUUAAUGUCUACGCAGUGUUCAGUUUGGUCAUGUUAGCAAUAAAGUGCUAGGUUUGCUUAUAAGGCAGGUUUUUUAAGUGGUUCGUGACUGAGAAUAAUGAAUGAUGUCUUGGACAGGCAACAUUCAGAAGACAGGAUUAUAUUGGUUUAUUUAUUUCAUGUUUAUAUCAGUUUAUGCUUUCCUUUUUUUUUUAAUGAAAGGUAGAGCAUUUAUUGUCAACUGAAAAUAGUUCUGUUAUUUUAUUUUUAGGGUUAAUCUGUGAAAAUACUAGAUCUAGAACAACCUUCUUUUACCUGAAGUAUCUUAUUUUUUAUUUACCUAAUACUGUUUGGCUUUAAAGCAUUUUAUAUCAUAAGACUAUUUCAUAAAAUCAUUUUUAGUUACCUCUUUUUGCACUUUUUUUCUAGGAUCUUUAAUUUUUAAUUGGCUUGUAACUCCAUAUUUUAUGAAUGGAAUCAAGUGAGAUACUUCUAAAAUAACUCUGAUUAAUGCAUUGACUUUAAGUGAGCCAUUUUAGUAUUAAAUUUAUUGGCAGAUAUCCUUAACAGCGUUUUUUACCUGUAUUAUGAAGUAUGAUACAUAAAUCAGUUCAUAAAUAACACUGUAAAAACAGUAUUAAAACACUGCAAUAUAGUUAUAUUAUUUAAUAGACAAUGUUAAAACUCAAUGCCUCUUUAUCAAAUUUUCAUUCAUACAGUAUUCUUCAAAGAACUGCAAAUUUUGUAACUUGAUAGGCAUAUUUAUAGAAAAAUUUGUAUAAUUUUCAGGUAUCAGGAUCUGGUUACCCUUUUCAAACAACCCAUAUGGGUUUGUUUUUAAAAAUCAUUUGGUGAGUGGAUUCGAAAUUUUGAUUAGUAUAUUUCUUGCAAUUUAGUUUCUUUUAAAAAUGUUUCCACUGUAUUUACUGCAAAUUAUUAUAACUUUUUCAAAAUUAAAAUAUAAUAAUAAUGCUUGUAUAGUAAUCUUCAAACUGGGAUAAAUAUAUCUUUGGAUUCCAUACUUAGAAUUCUUUCCAAGGAAUAAAGGGGCAUUGAUAGUUUUAAGAUAAGUCAAUUUCAAAAUCUGUUUCUUUAUGCGUAUUUUAAAAAAUUAAUCUGCCUUUAGUCCAGGUGUCCUCGUAUUUUCCAAAAGGAAGACAUAGGUCUCAUGUGUUUCAAAUUUUAGUACGGUGCACUGCUUCAGGUUGUAAAAACCUAUUAGCCCAUCAGCAAAAAAGAGGACAUUUUGAAAUGUUAGAGUCAGUGAAGGAUGUGAACCAUUGUAAUGACUGGUAAUAAGUCCUGUUGUAUACUACUAGGUUGUUUCCAGUUCUUUGGUUUCAACAAAAUCUAAAGAGGAUCUAAGUAUAUUCCCAGUUAAUAAGAGCACUAGCAUAAUUUUUCAGGCUAGAGUACUCUGUGACUUUUGGCGUGUCAUGAGCUGGAGGCAUGUAAAGAACUGAGUAACAUUGCUAUAACAAAACUUUUUAAAUUUCAGUCUUCUUAUCCAUUAUAAGCAAAGUUUUUCAAUUCACACAUCUGUAAAAAUUAAAAAUAGGAAGAGAGAAUUACUCCUGAGUUCAUUCUAGCAGUAGAAAAUACCCACUGAUAGAUGAACUAAAAAUCAAUUACUAUUUCAAAUGGGAAAGAAAAAUACUAAAAAGGAAAAUCUUUCAAAUUAGUAUGGGAAUUAUUAGCAAGUAAAUAUUUUUUCUUUAAUUUUUUUUAUUGUGAAAAAGUUCAAACAUACAUAAAAUAGACUAGUAUGGCCAGCCCUCACAUAUGCAUGCCCAGCUUUUACUUUUGUUAACAUCUGUUUCUCCACCUGACUCGCCCUACUACUACAUAAUGAUGAAAAUAAUGAUUUUUUAAAAAUCAUUUUUAGUUUUGCCUUUGUUUGGGGGGGUGGUUUACUCGAUUUUGUAUAUGUAUGUGUGUGCUUUUCCUAAGAGCUUUGCAAAUAAGCUUUUUACUGUAACUUUUUCAGUAUUAAUAUGACAUGUUAAUGAUUAGUAGAUCUCAUCUAUCUUUGGGGUACAUGAAGUCUUUCCAAGAGAUACGCAGGCAGACAAAUUUUAUUGACUUUAGUUAAAUGCCAUUUCCAGGAUAGAUACUAUGAACAAACAAUAAUCAAAUACCUUUACAUUUAAAUGGGGAAGUUUUGGGGAGAAACAUUCUUCAGUCAAUGCAAUUAUUCAAUACAGGCAUACCUCAGAGAUAUUGUAGAUCACCUAACUAAAGUGAAGAUUGCAAAAAAAGUCAUACAAAUUUUUUUGUUAACCAAUGCAUACAAAAGUUGUGUUUAUACUAUAUUAGGUGUGCAGUAUAUUGCAUCUAAAAAAAUACAGUGUAAAUACCUUAAGUAAAAAAUAUUUUAUAACUAAGAAAUUCUAAGGAUCAUCGAGCCUUCAGCGAGUCCUAGUCUUUUUGCUGGUGGAAGGUCUUGUCUUAAUGUUGAUGACUAUUGACUGAUCAUGGUGGUGGUUGCUAAAGGUGGUGGUUGCCGAAAGUUGCUAUGGCAAUGUCUUAAAAUAAGACAACAGUAAAGUUUCCCACAUCAAUUGACUCUUCCUUUAUGAAAGAUUUCUCUGUAGCGUGUAAUGCUAUUUGACAGCAUUUUACUCAAAGUAGAACUUCUUUCAGAAUUGGAGUAAAUCCUCCCAAACCCUGCUGAUGCUUUAUGAACUAAGUUUAUGGAAUAUUCAAAAUGCUUUGUUGUAUUUCAAUGAUAAUCAGAGCAUCUUUAACAGAAGUAGCUUUCAUCUUAAGAAACCACUUUCUUAGUUCAUCCAUGAAAAGCAACUCCUCAUCCGUUCAAGUUUUAUCAGGAGAUUGAAACAACUCAGUCAUAUCUUCAGACUCUACUUUUAUUUCUGGUUCUCUUGAUAUUUCCAUCACAUGUGCAGUUACUUACUCCACUUGAAUACCCCUCAGUCAUCUGUGAGGAUUGGAAUCAACUUCAUUUAAAUUCCCAUUAAUGUUGAUAUAUCGACCUCCUUCCAUGAUAACGAAUGCUCUUAAUGACAUUUGGAAUGGUGAAUCUUUUCCAGAAGAUUUUCAGUUUACUUUAUCCAGAGCCAUCAGAUAAAUCACUAUUAUUGCAGCUAUAGCCUUAUGAACUGUGUUUCUUAAAUAGUAAGACUUGAAACUUGAAAUUACUCCUUGAUCCAUGGGCUGCAGAAUGAUGUUGUGUUAGCAGGCAUGAAAACAUUAUGCUCCUUGUAUGUCUCCAUUAGAGGUCUUGAGUGACCAGAUGUACUGUUAGUGAACAGUAAUGUUUUGAAAGAAAUAUUUUAUUUUCUAGCUGGUCAUGACGGCUCAUACCUGUAAUCUCAGCACUUUGGGAGGUUGAGGUAAGAGGAUUGCUUGAGCCCAGGAGUUCAAGACCAGCCUGCAGAAUAUAGUGAUACUUCCUCUCUAUUUAAAAAAAAAAAACAACUUUGAGCCAUAGGUUUCAACAGUGGGCUUAAAAUAUUCAGUAAACAAUGUGGCAAACAGAUGUGGUCUCAUCCAGGCUUUAUUAUAAGCACAGGCAGGCUACCCUAUUUAGGACUCUAGGAUUUUUGGAAUGAUGAAUGAGCAUUGGCUUCAACUUAAGGUUACCAGCUGCCUUAGUCCCUAACAAGUCAGGCUGUCCUCUGAAACCAGACAUUAACUUUUCCUCUUUGACUAUGAAAGUCCUAGAUGUCAUCUCAAUAAAAGGCUGUUUUGUCUACAUUUAAAAUCUGUUGUUAGUGUAGUCAUCUUCAUCACUGAAGUUAGAUAGAUCUUCUGGAUAACUUGCUGCACCUUCUGCAUCAGCCCUUGCUGUUGUUUCACCUUGUACUUUUGUGUUAUAGAGAUGGCUUCUUUCCUUAAACCUCAUUAAUCAACCUCUGCUAGCUGCAAACCCUUUUCUGCAGAUUCCUCACCUCCCUCUCUUCAUAGAAUUGAAGGAUUUAGGGUCUCGUUCUGAAUUAGGCUUUGGCUUAAGGGAAUGUUGUAGCUAGUUUUACUUAUUUAUUUUUUAUGCAGACCACACAAACUUUCUCCAUAUUAGCAGUUAUGCUGUUUUGCUUUCCAUCAUUCAUGUGUUCACUGAAGUAGCUUUUUACAUUUCCUUCAAGAACUUAAAGAAAUGUAGAGGAAACUUUGCAUUUACAACUUGGCUAACUGGUACAAGAAGCUCAACUUUUGGUCUGUUUCAGUUUUCAGCAUGCCUUUCUUACUAAGCUUAAUAAUCAUUUCUAACUUUUAAAAGGUGAGAGAUGUGCAACUCUUCCUUUCACUUGAAUGUUUAGUGGCCAUUGUAGGGUUAUUAAUUGGCCUGUUUUCAUUCAAUAUUGUGUCUCAGGGAAUAGGGAGGCUCAAGGAGAGGGAGAGAGAUAGGAGUGGACAAUUAGCGAAGCAGUCAGAGCAUACACAACAUUUAUAGGUUAAGUUUCCCUCUUACAUGGAGAUGGCUUGUGACACCCCAAAACAAGUGUAAUAGUAAGAGCAAAAAUGACUGAUCACAGAUGUCUUAUAUCAUCUGACAUAUAAUAAUAAUUACCAAAAUUUGACACACAGACAUACAAUUAGCACAUACUGUUGGAAAAAUGGUACCAGUAGACCUACUUGAUGCAGGGUUACCACAAACCUUCAGUUUUUUAAAAAAUGCAGUAUCUGUGAAACACAAUAAAGUGAAACUCAAUAAAAUGAGGUAUGCCUGUAUUUUGUUUUGUUUUAUUUACAUAAUCUGCCUAGAGCAUUUUGAGCACUUUACCCAAAAUAUUAUGUUGUAUAAUGAUAGACAUUGGUAAAUACCAGUUUUUUCUUAUAAACAAUGUAAAAGCAAAAUUUAAUCAUGCUUUAAUUUAGUAAGUCACCAAAUAGACCAAUUAUGUGACCAUAGUCUAGAGUUGAAUGGCUUUUAUUUUUGUAUAUUAAACAUGAUAGCCCAAUGAAGAAAACUUGUAUAAGUUUUAUAGGGUACAGUUUAGGUCACAGAAUGAAAGUUCAAUGUAACUUGUUUAUUUUACAUUCAUUGUUUAACCAGUAAUUGUCCAUAUGACAUCUCAAUGCAAAUGCUGACAUCCGUUUCCAAAAAAGUUGUUUUUUUGUGCUUUUUCUAAGGUUACGAAGGUUUUUGUGGUUUAAAUGUUGUUACAUAUUUUACAGCAUUAGGAUCUAUGGAAUAUUUUGACAACUGCAACAGUUCAAUGAAGUUGGUAAUUUCUUCUUUUAAUUAUUUUUCAUUGAACAGCCUUGGAGUUACAUUUCUACAUUUUGAUUUCUGGUAUAGUAUAAGGAAAGAAAAAAUUAUGUCAAAGGGUACUUUAGAGAAAAUACAUAGAUAGUGAUUACAAUAUGGCUGUAACUAAAUUAUGCUUAAUCUUGUUGAAGUUUUGUUAAUGCCUAAUUUCGAUGAAAUAGUAUGGUGUUCCUUCCAGCUACUGACUGUAUAUAUGUGAUUGCAUGUCUUUCUUAAAUAAGUUGAUUUGUAGGUUUUCACAUAUUGUCAGCCACACUCUAAUCCUCUUGUAAAGAAUGAACCUGGCUUUAUUCAAUUAAAUAAUUCUCUGGUACAGGUUUUCCUUCCAUAAUAUUUUAAAGUAUAAUGUUUUGGAUUUUUUUUGAGUGUAAAGUAAAAGAAAAAGUUUUAAAAACUUUUAGUCAUCAAAUUAUUUUAAUUUAAGCCUCUUUUAGAAAUUAGAGAUGUAUUGUUUCUUUUGGGUGCAUAUCACCAAUUAAUACGUUUGAUUUCAGAUCUACAACUUACUGCUUUGUAAACUUCGCCGAGCAAGGAGUAAAUAAUGCUGAGAAAUUUGACUAUGUCAUGCAGUUUUUGAAUAAGAUGGCGGGUAACGAAUAUGUUGGAUUCAGUAAUGCAACGUUUCAGUCUGAAAGAGAAAGUGGAGAUCGAAAUUUUGCAAUAGGAUAUUACUUAAAAGAAAAGAAGUGUUUUCCAGAAGGCACUGACAUGGUUGGUAUAUUAGACUUCUACUUCCAGCUGUGCUCCAUUGAAGUGACUUGUGAAUCAGCAAGUGUGAUGGCUGCAACGCUGGCUAAUGGUGGUUUCUGCCCAAUUUCUGGUGAAAGAGUACUGAGCCCUGAAGCAGUUCGAAAUACAUUGAGUUUGAUGCAUUCCUGUGGCAUGUAUGACUUCUCAGGGCAGUUUGCUUUCCAUGUCGGACUUCCUGCAAAAUCUGGAGUUGCUGGGGGCAUUCUUUUAGUUGUCCCCAAUGUUAUGGGUAUGAUGUGCUGGUCUCCUCCUCUGGAUAAGAUGGGCAACAGUGUUAAGGGAAUUCACUUUUGUCACGACCUUGUUUCUCUGUGUAAUUUCCAUAACUAUGAUAAUUUGAGACACUUUGCAAAAAAACUUGAUCCUCGAAGAGAAGGUGGUGAUCAAAGGGUAAAGUCAGUGAUAAAUCUUUUGUUUGCUGCAUAUACUGGAGAUGUGUCUGCACUUCGAAGAUUUGCUUUGUCGGCUAUGGACAUGGAACAGCGGGACUAUGAUUCCAGAACAGCACUCCAUGUAGCUGCUGCAGAGGGUCAUGUUGAAGUUGUUAAAUUUUUGCUGGAAGCCUGCAAAGUAAACCCUUUCCCCAAGGACAGGUGGAACAACACUCCCAUGGAUGAAGCACUGCACUUUGGACACCAUGAUGUAUUUAAAAUUCUCCAAGAAUACCAAGUCCAGUACACACCUCAAGGAGAUUCUGACAACGGGAAGGAGAAUCAAACUGUCCAUAAGAAUCUUGAUGGAUUGUUGUAAUGGUCUUAAAUCCCAAGAUUUAAAUCACUUACCUAUUUAAUUGUGGAAAAUGAUUAUGAAGAACAUGUGUAUUUCUAUCGGGUAGUGAUGUAUAUUUUACAUUUGUCAUUUCAGUGUUACUGGAGUUUUCUUCAUUGUGCACACAGGACAAAUCUGAUCUCUUUGGGAAAAAAUAGAAAUAAAACAAUCUCCCUCCAUAAUGUGAGCAAUAUUACCUCGUGCAUUGUAUGAUUUGAUGUAAAAGAAAUAGUUACCAAUGCUAGCUUAAUUGUGUGGUCUUCCAUGAUUUGUGUUUUGUGAAUUUUCAGUUUAUGGUGAUGAUCUGCUGAGAUGCAUUUAUAAAUUAAGCUCUGUUGUACAGUUGUUCAAAUGGGUCAAGGUUGCCUUUAGAAGCAAAUAGUGUGAUUUUCAAGACUUCAAAUACAGAUUUAGUUUGAGUGUUUGAAAAACUAUAUGCACUUAUGGUUGUGUGUUUAAAGUGUCUCUCUCUCUCACCCUAGCUUCACGAUGUGACUCUUAAAAAACUAUAAUAGUUAACAACUGUUAGUAAGAUACCAAUUCUGAUUAGACUUUAUCAGGGAAUCUGUUUAAGAUGUUUGGUGACCAAAACAUAUAUGUGAAUGUAGUUAUAAUACUUAAAAAAAUAUUUCCUUUUUCUAUAUCCCCUUAGUCCAGCCUCUCUUCUCAGACAUUUAGCUAUCUGUCUCUUUCCUUUAGCUGGGAAAGUGAGUGCUGGCAUACUAUGCAGUUUUCAUGUUUUCCAUAGUAAGUCAGAAAAUGCCUCCUAUUUCUGGCAUCAGAACUUUGCCAUGUGUCUACAAAAGAUGAACCAGAGACAAAAUUACUAAGUAUAAAUUAGUCGAAUUUAUCAGUUUAAAAAAAUGAAGGGAUGUGCAACUGCAGAUCUUUAAGAUUUUUUUUUUUUUUUAGCUUCUAGGGUAAAUAUAAAUUCAGAAAUAUUCUAAGCUACCAAAGUUAUUCUGAUAGUAUGGGAACUGCUACAACAAAUGUUCGUUUCCAGGCCUGUCAUUGAGUCUGCAUCAAGAGAUUUGUCCUCCUUGGGGAACGACUGGAUCAUUCCAGAUUUCUUGUGAUUCUCUAUUGUGUAAUUCUUGAUGGGCUCUGUAGUUUAAUAAGAAAAAGGGCCAUUUCAUUUAAAUUGUGACCUAUAAUUUCUUUGUCUUGGGUUGGUAAUUCAGGAUUCAUUUGGAAAGUAAGUAAAAUGGGCUUCAAAAAACUGAAAGAACAGGAUUUUCUAGGAAUUGCACAUACAUUUUAUCCCAUAAUACUUCAAGGAGAUAAAGUGGCAUGUUAGUGAGGACUUCUGAUAUUAAGCACACACACACACAUGCACACAAAUGGACUUCUUUGAAGCUGUGCUUAGUGAAAUGAGCAGAAUUCUCAAGUACAGGAAUGCUAGUCGUUACCACAUACGGCGCUUUCCUUUUUUCUUUCUUUCCUCUGAGCACACACUGCUGCUUGCAAGCUUUACCAAGAUUGAUGGCACCUUACUCCAGCAGCCUCCAGGUGUUUUCAUUUUACUUCCAGUCUAAGCCAGUGGCUAUAGCCACUGCCCUCCCAUUACCUAGAUGGCACCUCCUUUGGUGAAAGCACAGCCAGUGUUCCUUAGCUGCACCAGGCACGAAGCUGUUCCCAUGCUUGAGCUUUCUCGGGGAGGAUGGUGGGUAAGCAGUUGCCUAACCCAUGGAUCUACCAAGCUGUGAAGACAGGUAGCAUUUGUAAGAUGCUGCAGAGGAGCAGCAUUAUCCCCAAAGAUAUUACAGGGUAGACAUCUUUUAACUGAAAUCAGCUGAGAUAACUUUGCUCAAAUAGGAGCCUGCUUUGUGUGAUUAAAAUGAAAAUUAUGACAGUUCAAUUGUGUGACUUGAAGAUUACCAAUGAUUUUGAGGUUUUUCUAUAAUAAAAAGAGUUUCUAACCGUUAUUUGGGAACAGAGUUUUCAUCUUUUUUCAGAUCAAAACUGUCUGUAAAAUCUUUGUUGUUUAAUUAAAUGUGCCCUUAUUUACUCCUGAUGUUAUUUAUGACUAUGCGUGGAUUCCUGCUUGGGCUGUUUGCUGUUGGCUGGUAAUAAUACAUUCGUUUUAAAUGCUGUUGACUGUGCUAUUAACGGCUGCCGUCAGUAAACUCCAAAGAUCUUUUUGUUUUGGCUUUAGUAUCAUAUAUGCUUUUUCUGUAUCUUGAGAGCUGUAUAUGGUCAUGUUAAUUUAAAGCUUUAUAUACACUGUUGUUUUUGCUGGUCUCAUCUUUGGUAAUACGCUAUACCCCACUGCUGCCCACACUGCCUUUAGCUGCAGAGCUGGAUUAGCUAUUGACCAUUUGAUGCUGUUGUCUGUCUGGCAGGGACUGAAUGACCUGAUGUCAGAUUUAGAUUAUUCCUGGGGAUUACACAGCGAUGAAUGUAUUUGCUUCUAAAACCUCCCAAAGUGAAUCUAAUCUUAAAACUACAAGUUGUAAGUAUCCUGAAAUUGGGAAACAUUUAUUUUAAAUGCAAUCAGGUAGUGUUGCUUUUUACAGCAUAAUAAAUAUAUGUAUCAAAAAAAAAA